AUGGAUUAGAAACUUAAUGAUGCUGAAAUAGCACUUGAACAAUUCAGACUGAAGAAACUCAUUAAAACUUUGAGCCAGGAAAGAACUGCUGGCACAAGUGUUGUGUCUGUUUAUAUUCCUCCCAAAAGGAUCAUUUCCGAUAUCACAAACAGACUCAAUACCUAGUAUGCAGAAGCAGCCUCUAUUAAGGACAAGGGAAACAGAAUAUCUGUGCAAGAAGCUAUUUAAGCAGCUAUCCUAAGACUAAGACCAUACAACAAGGCUCCAAACAAUGGAUUGGUGGUUUUUUGCGGUAUUGUGUAGUAGGCAGAUGGCAAAGGAGAGAAGAAAAUUUCAGUUGUCAUUGAACCUUAUAGACCCUUGGAUCUAUCUCUGUAUUUUUGUGAUCCCCAGUUCCACGUGGAAGAACUGAGAGCCCUCCUAAACAUAGAUCCACCUUUUGGAUUCAUUAUUAUGGACGGUAAUGGAUCAUUGUUCGCCACAAUCCAAGGAAACAGCAAAUAAAUUAUAAAGUCUUUCGAUGUUGAUUUGCCAAAGAAACACAACAAGGGAGGUCAAUCUUCAGUCAGAUUUGCACGUCUCCGUAUGGAAAAAAGACAUAAUUACUUGAGAAAGGUAUGCGAAACAGCAACCACAUGUUUCAUUGCUGAGGACAGACCAAAUGUCAAGGGUUUAGUCUUAGCAGGUUCAGCUGAUUUCAAAAACGAUUUGGCUGGAAGUCAAUUCUUUGAUAAGAGAUUAUAGCCUUUGAUUAUUUCAGUGGUGGAUAUUAAUUAUGGUGGAGAAUAGGGAUUGAAUUAAGCAGUGUAAUUGAGUUAAGAAUCUUUGUUGGAAGUCAAGUACAUCAGAGAAAAGAAUUUGGUUGGUCAAUUCUUUGAGAAUAUCGAUAAGGACACUGGUUUGGUAGUGUACGGUGUUUAGGACACAAUGAGAGCAGUUGAAUCAUAAACAAUAAAGACUUUAGUUUGUGUAGACACUCUUUAAUAUUUACGUUUGGAAUGUUAGAGCAAAUAAACUGAAUAAAAAGCAAUUAAAUACAUUAAAGGUAAUGAGGGAUAUGAGGCUGGUUCAUUGAUUGAAGAGAAAAAUGGAGAAUAAUUUGUCAUUCUUGUAAAAGAGGACUUAGUUGAACAUCUAUCUGAGAAAUUUAAGGAUUAUGGAUUAGAUUUUCAAUUAAUUACAGAUCACAGUGUUGAAGGUAAUCAAUUUAUGAAGGGUUUCAGUGGAUUAGGAGGAUUUUUAAGAUUUAAAAUGGACAUGGAUUAUUUAGUCUAACAGGAAGAUUGGAAAGAUGAAGAUGAAGACUUUAUUUGAUAAUCAUUUUAUUUUGUUAAAUAAAUUUGAAAUAUGUUUAAGUGA